UUCAGCUUGAAUACGCAUCUCUCCUGAGAACAGAUAGUUUCUCAGCUGCAACUGCAUCGCCGGAAUCCCAGUGUUGCAGCCGUAGACGCCCUUCGAAGCCGAAACCUUCUUGCGCGGAGAUGGUUGACUCUGGCAAUUGAUACUUCUUUUUAAUUCACGUCACCUUUACUUUCUCGACUCUCAUUUGCCAGCCGCGUCUCCUCACUCCUCAUCGACAACUUCGAGACGAACUCUGCCUUUUGCGCGGUCUGUAUUAUCUUGCAGAAGCUAGGCUGUCCUAGAAUACUAUCCGCACUCUGCAGCCUUCACAAUGGCUUCUGAAAAGGGAGUGCUUGCGUCCGGCCUCGAAUCGGACAGUCAGUCCAUUCGUCGGCGCAAUGUGCUUUCAACUUCACCAGAUGGAGGCAUGGCGAACAGGGUGGAGAUAGAUGACAAGAAGACACAAAUUAAGAAGAAAGAGCAGACAUUACUAGAAUUCCUAGACGAAUGGGAAUUUCUGAUUGCACCCCUCAUCUUCACCAUAUUUGCAUUCUUUACCCGAAUGUACAAGAUUGGGUUGUCACCGAUUGUUACUUGGGACGAAGCACAUUUUGGCAAAUUUGGCUCCCACUACCUGAAGCGAGAAUUCUACUUCGAUGUCCACCCGCCUCUUGGAAAGAUGCUUGUUGGAUUGUCCGGAUACUUGGCAGGAUACAAUGGUUCCUUCGAAUUCAAGUCCGGCGAGAAAUAUCCCGAAGAACUCAACUACACUUUCAUGCGUGCAUUCAAUGCCUUUUUUGGUGCUGUUACCAUCCCUCUGGCUUACUAUACAGCCCGCGAGUUGAAUUUGAAGAGGCCCGCUGUGUGGUUCGUCACCCUCAUGGUGCUUUGCGAAAACUCAUACACCACCAUCAGCCGAUUCAUCCUCCUCGAUUCUAUGCUGCUCUGCUUUACAUUCACAACUGUUCUAUGUUGGGCCAGAUUUCAUAGACUUCAGAAGCAAUCCUUCAGCCCAGAGUGGUUCGCUUGGCUUGCUCUUACCGGCGUGAGCAUAGGUUGUGUUUGCAGUGUCAAAUGGGUCGGGGCUUUCUGCACAGCAAUGGUUGGACUAUACACCAUUGAGGACCUCUGGAACAAGUUUGGAGAUACCAAAAUGCCGCCGCUCACCCUUGCAGCUCACUUGGGUUCCCGGGUUGCCGGUCUCAUUGUCAUUCCAUUGAUUGUUUACAUGCUCUCUUUCGCGCUUCACUUUGCCAUUCUAGAGAACAGUGGCCCCGGAGAUGCCCAGAUGAGCUCUUUGUUCCAAGCAAACCUCAGAGGCACCGAGGUCGGAAAAGACAGCCCACUUGAAAUCGCCUAUGGAUCUCGAGCUACUAUCAAAAAUAUGGGCUAUGGUGGCGGUCUUCUCCACUCUCACGUCCAGACCUACCCAGAGGGCUCAACUCAACAGCAAAUUACGUGUUACCAUCACAAGGAUGCCAAUAACGAAUGGUGGUUCUACCCCAACCGACAACAACCAGAGCAUGAUCCUGAAGCUCCACCUAAGUUUGUCGCGGACGGAGAUGUUCUGCGCUUGAUCCAUUCUCAGACUGGCCGAAAUCUCCAUUCUCACGAAGUUGCCGCACCGGUCACCAAGGCUGACCGGGAGGUUUCGUGUUACGGAAAUACCACUGUUGGUGAUGAGAAGGACCACUGGACCAUGGAAGUCGUCAAAGAUGUUGCAUCCAGCGACAGGUCCAAGAUUAGGACUCUGACCACUGCGUUCAGACUUAGGCACAAUGUGCUGGGCUGCUAUCUCCGAGCUGGCAAUGUCAACUUACCUCAGUGGGGUUUCAAGCAAAUCGAAGUCACCUGUGACAAAAACAACAACCCCAAAGACGUAUAUACUCACUGGAACGUCGAAGCUCACUGGAAUGAAAAACUACCUGCUGCCGACGCUGGAGCCUACAAGUCCCCCUUCUUCCAGGAUUUCAUCCACUUGAACGUGGCUAUGAUGACCUCGAAUAACGCACUUGUCCCAGAUCCAGACAAGCAAGACGAUUUGGCCUCUCAGUUCUGGCAAUGGCCAAUCCUCCAUGUCGGUCUCCGUAUGUGUGGAUGGGACGACUCUAUUGUCAAGUAUUUCCUCCUUGGAAACCCUCUGGUCUACUGGCUUUCCACGGCCUCCCUGGGCAUAGUAGCAGUUAUGGUAGCUUGGUACCUCGUCCGAUGGCAACGAGGCUAUGACGACCUCAAGCAAGCUGAUAUUGAUCAAAUCCACUAUUCGGCGCUCUAUCCUGUCCUUGGUUGGUUCCUGCACUACUUGCCAUUUGUUGCCAUGGCUCGUGUCACCUAUGUGCAUCACUAUUAUCCGGCUCUAUACUUCGCCAUCCUCAACCUUGGAUUCGUCACCAACUGGAUUCUGAGCAAUCAAAUCAAGAGUGCGCAAUACGCAAUCUAUGGUGUCCUGUAUGCCACGACCAUCGGACUUUACAUUCUGUUCAUACCAAUCAGUUGGGGAAUGGUUGGUCCCAACCGCCAAUACAGCUACUUGAAGUGGUUCGACAACUGGAGGGUAACGGACUAAAUAACGACCAGUCGAAGACUCGGAAUGCGAGCUGAAAUGAGAAAAAGGGGCGGAGAGGGAUAGAAGUUUUGGAUGCUUCUAUAAACAGAGACGCAUGGAAACACAUUUCUUCGCGUGUGUUAAACCACUUUUCAUUUGUCUGAUAAGGAAAAUACGGGAGCUCGAGGGGAAUCUUACGGAUGGGGAAGAGGCGCCUAGGUACAGCAGAAUCAACUCCUAAUGUUGUGUACAACCAAGUUUCUGUUGCGCUUGGCAUCAGUGUCCCCAACCGUUCUCGUGUACCAAGACGAUCACAGAUGUGAGGGGUGAAUAUUCAUUCCACAACUUUUGUUGCACUUCCAAUGCUCCAAAAGUUC